AAAGAGGUGCAUGUAUAUUUAUAUAGAUCGAGGGUGGAGCAUACAGUAAUAAUUUUUGCAUCAGUAGUUACUUGAAUCAAAUUAUUACUAGGUGCUGAAUUUUACGAGAAAAUAUACAGAGCUUGGGAUAGAAAUGUACAUGAAAAUAUUACCCGUGUUUCUGCUGUUUUUCCGGCUUCAACAUCUCCGUGCAUCAAGUUAUACAUCUUCCCCACAUUCGUCGCUCUCAGCCAGCAACAAGGAGCAACUCAUACACAAAGGAUAUAUGCUAAAACAAGAGUUAGAAAUAGAAGAAAAAGCUGUGAGUAGCGUCAACAGACGUGCUGGUGGCGGAGGUGGAGGUCAUGGGGGGCAUGGUGGCGCAGCUCACGGAAGCAGCCACGGUGGGAGUCACGGGCAUGGAGUAGGAGGAGGUGAUAGCAGUGGUCUACCCAAGUAUGGAGGAGUUGUUGCUGGAGCAGGUGCUGGUGGUGCUUAUGAAAGAAACAACCAUAACUCUGGCAAGCAUAGUGGUGCUUCUAGUUGCUGCGUUCAUCCUGUUCAUCUUCAUUAUCUGUUAUCAUUAGCAACUAUAUUACGCCUAACUUGGCCGAUUUUAGUAUAGCUGAAUCCAGAUGCAUAUAUGUUAGAAAAAUGAAAAUUUAGGGUACAAUUAAACUAUUCACUCGAUGUAAUUUACGAAUUCUAAUGAUUGGAGGUUGUUCCUUUUAACGAGCACUUAAAUUCUCAUGUUUGUAUUUAA